GCAGAGACAACAGAAGCCGUUUUCUCCCACAGAACAAACAUGAAGCUGGUGAAAUACAUUGUGAUCGUCCACCUGAGCUGUUUUUGUCUAGCGUCCCACAGCACAUCCAAACAAACUGACCAAUCGGAGGGCCCCAGGAAAGCAGAGAGCAAUGACACUAAAGGGGUAAUGCUGGAGGAAUUCAACAGUGACCCUUACAUUCACCACCUCACAGCUAAAUGUUCCUGGAAUCUGUCUCUGCCUGGAAACAUGAGCAGUGACAUGGUGCCACUCACGCCCAGGUCCACGGACGUGCUGGCGGAAAAGAUCUGUCAGGAUCUAAACUGUGGCGGCGUCCAUCACGUGACUAAAGCCAGCUCCCCUCCUAACGCCACAUGCUUUCAUGACUGUUCGUACAGAGGCCGCAGAUUACAGAACUGUUCGCAGAGUGUGAGAAGCGACUGUGUGGUGAUCACCAGAGCGGUCUGUGGCCACCAGGCUGUGCGGCUGGCAGGAGGGCCUGACCGCUGCGCUGGACGUGUUGAGCUGUGGAGCAGAGGCACAUGGGGGACUGUGUGUGACGACCAGUGGGACAUGAAAGACGCAGACGUGGUCUGCGCGCAGCUCGGCUGUGGUUACGCCCUCAAUGUGACGGGACAGGGCGGCUUGUUUCCCGCGGGCCGAGGCCCAAUUCACCUGGACGAGCUGAACUGCACCGGAAAAGAGGAGAACCUGUGGGACUGUCUGGCUGCAGAGGACGAGUCUGACUGUGGACACAAAGAAGACGCUGGUGUCAUUUGCUCAGAGAUGAGAGCGAUCAGACUGAGUGGAGGUUUGGACCGCUGCGCCGGUAAACUGGAGGUUCACCGUAACGGCACGUGGGGGACGGUGUGCGACAACUGCUGGAACAAUCACAUGGCGUCGAUGGUGUGCUCCAUGCUGCAGUGUGGAGCCGAGCCACUCAAAUUCACCCAGUUUGUUCCUCCUCUCGCCCACAACGACGCGCCGCUCUGGUUCUAUCAGUGCAGCCCCGCAGAGCAGAGCCUGUGGCAGUGCAGGGAAAUCGUAAACAGCGCCCACGCGUGCAGCGGCUCCAAGGCAUCUGGCGUCAUCUGUAACGGUUCUCUUGGGUUUCUUAACGCCACCACAGCUAAUCCAACUGAAAUGACCAGUUGGACGACAGCAUCCACGCCUUCAGUCGCCAACGGCAUUCCUUUCAUCUCAGCUUCUACACUUUUUCUCGGCAGCGUUACUGUGUCGCUUCUGCUUCUCCUGUUUCUGAUCAUCAACACUGUUCUCUGCUGCCACUACAGGAGACGACACGCCUUCUUGGUCCAGCAGACACACACCAACACUCGUCUUCCCUCUGGACAUCAUCAAAACAAUUAUGAGGACACGGUUGACCUCGUCAAAGUCACCACCAACCAGCCGCACACAAACGUCCCCCCCAAUCCCAGGUAUCUUUGGACGCAGCAUAGUAGUGUUGACAGCACGUCAGUAGAUACAGACUAUGAGCAGUUUGACCCAAGCAAUGACCCGUGUUUCCCUUUAUCAACCUUUCAGAAUUCUCAGCGCUACAAAAACAACACAGACCCUUUGAUGAAGCCUUCAGUUCUCAACAGCCUUUAUGAGGAGGGCCCUGAACCAAUAACUAACGAGACGACAGCUUUUACGUUUCACAACAGUGAACCUCAAGACGCCAGGGCGUCAAAGAUCUCAGAGGACUCGUUCGAAACCACCAGCACUUCAUCUGGAGAAUGUUACGAAAACGUAAACAAGAGCGGCUACGUCAUGGUCACUCCUGAUCCACCUGCUGUCAACGGCACUUUAGAUCUUUCAAGACCCAACAACAAUUAUCAGCCAAACUGUGGACAAACAUCAGACCUGAGUGAUGAAGACGAUGACUCUGAUUACUCACCUGUGAGUCCUGAAUGAAACCCAAUAGAGUGACGGGCUAAUGAGAAGAUACUGAGAUAAUAUUUCACUGAAAAACACUGUCCAUUCACAUUUAUUGUAAAACCAAAGGCAUAUUCAGACACAGCAGUAGCAAAUAAUAUGGAUUUCUUUACAGGUUAUUUUACCAGCCGACAAACUAAGAAGCUAAACGACAAACUAAGAAGCUAAAGUCUGUUUUAUAUAGUAGAACUAAUUCUGACUAUGUUUAUUUUGUAUAUCAUGUAUGUGUAUUGUGUAUAUAAAAAGGUUGUGCCACAAGGUGGCACCACAAGCUUCAGGAUCAAGUCCCAUACUGUGAAGUGAAGUGAAGCAUUUUCAUGUAAAGGAGGGAAAAAAAUAAAAACCUGUUUGCCACA